AUGCAACUGUCAUCUCUCCUUGCUUCACUUCAUUGUUACAUUUGUCCAUAUUAUUUUCUUAACAUUAUUUUCUCUGUCUCUAUCACUCUCACAUUUUUUGCUUUCUUGUUUCCGUCUCUAUUUUUCUCUCAUUGUGGGAUAUUAUUGUUCAUUUCUUACUCUAUCCUUCUUAUUUUUCAGCAUUCUUUUUGCUAUUUUUAUCUCUCUCACUUUUCAGCACUCUUGAUGAUGUGUCUCUCUCUUUCUCUCAUACUAUUUGACAUUUUUUGGUGUACCUCUAUCAAUCCUUCUGUCUUUCUUUUUACUAUUCUCUUUGUUAACCCCCUAUUUUAUGUCACCUCCCUCAUAAAGUUCUUUCUCCACCUUUGUACUUUUCUUUACUUCUCAAUGUCUUGCUUCUGUCAAAUUUCAUGUCACUUCCUUCAUACAGUUCUUUGCCCAUCAUUGUGCUCUUUCUGUACUUCUCAAUUUCUUUCACUACCAACCAUCUAUCUUAUGUCACCUCUCUCAUACAAAUAUUUCCCCAUUUUUGUGCUCUUUCUAACUCUUGCUCGGUCAACUCCCCAUUUAAUGUCACCUCUCUCAUACCAAUCUUUUGCCAUCUUUGUGGUCUUUGUUCAAUUCCCAUAUUCUUGUUCUGUCAAGACCCUAUUUGAUGUCACCUCUGACAUACAAAUAUUUCUCCUAUCUUUGUGCUCUUUUUAA